UAUUGUGGCGGACAUAUUACUUGCGAAAACAGAAUUUUCCCAGGCCCCCCUGAAAAUUAGUAGCAAAACACCACCAAAAAAUCAAAAUAUCCGCAUUUCUCUAGAAUCAUUCAAUAUCAUCCAAUACACAUCUUUUUCAAUCAAAUAUCAUCCAAAUACACGUCUUUCUUACCUUUAUCAUCAAAUCCACAUAUAUCAAUCAACCCUUUUUUCAAUAUGCCUCGCAACACCCGCUGUCCUGCUGCUUUGCAAGCCUGUACAAAGACUCCUAUCCUGCACCUCAGUCUCCUCAAACUACCUGUUCCAGAAGUUCUGGAUAAUGGAGAGGAUCCAGUCAAUGAUGAGAUAGAGGAGCAGAUGGAUGAGAAGGAUAUAGAGACUCAGUCUGAGGAUCCUUGAUAUCCGCGAAUCCCUACACCUGAGUCUGACAUCUCAUACAGAUUGUAUGAAUGGGUGAUUAUCAAUGAGAUAAAGAAUAAGAGAGAUGACAAAAUGAUUAAUAAGUAGAAAGAAGAAGAAGAAUCAGAAGAAUGAAUCUAUAAUUUCUACAAUCAAUUCUUCUAUACAGAUCUCUCAAAUGUCAGUGAUUAUAUUCUCUUCUUCAGCUCUGGCAGCUUCAACUUCAUUCAAUAUGACAUUCUCAAGUGAGAUAAUCAAUGUGAUGAUGAUGAAAUAUAUGAUGAAAGGAAUAGAAGAACUGAAUUCACAAUCUCAUUAUCAUCCACAUUCAGAUCUGCUGUUGAAUCUUCCAUCAAAUCCACUGUUGAAUCUUCCA